AUGUCCUUUCAAAACCCAGCAGCUCUGAUAGCAGACAAACUCCAGCUGGACCAACCCAUCCCACCAAACCUCCUGCAAGAAACACAAAGUGCCCUUCGGUUGCUCAAAUUGAAGCAUCCCAAUGGAUCUUUUGGCAAGCAAGACAAUGAUCUCAAACGAGCUUGUGCAUUGUUGGAAUACGUAGUCCGAGAACGUGGCGGAAUAAAGAUACCUAUGAAGCAAUUAGCGACGGCAGCGUGUAUGAGAGAGAGAGAUUUUACAAAGUUUCAUCAAACGAUUGGCAAUUUUCGCAGACUUGGACGUGCAUCGCAAGCGGCCAAAGGAAGAGAGAACAACAGAUCUUUCACAGAAGCAAGCACCAUUCCUUUCCUGACAAUAAAAUUGGGUUCAUAUGUUCGGGAUCCAAAUGGUGUUGCGCAACGCGCCGCAAAGCUCUUUCAGACUGUGACGAAACAUGCUCAAGAGCUACCAGCCACGGAACGAGGACACCAGCUCCGAGAUAUUUACGAUCACCGAAAGGCUUACGAGGCGUCCUGUUUUUUCAUCGCGGCUGCUUCUGAUGUCACUGUGAAAACAAACUCUGCUGGCGAUGGUGAUGAUGACGACAUUAAGCGACUGCAAAUACAACAUGUUAUUGAUGCCUCUACUGAUUUCACAAGUUCUGUAUUCAAUAGUGUCCUGCGGCACGUCCAAUCUACUUGCCAGGCCACUGAAUCCCGCCAAGAUUCCAGUUCCGGGAAAGAGAAAUGGACAAGAGUAGCUUCAAAGUUAAAGGGACCACGAAAAACUCAAAUGGGUAGAAAGCGAGGACCGAUAGCGCCACAAACUGCCCGUCUUUCCUCAGAGCUUUUGAAAUCAAAUGGACUCUUGUCAAACAAAUUGGCGCUUAAUGCGACUACUGAUUUACUGCAGCAAGCUAAUAGACAGCUGGAAGAAUCGAUGGAAGUAGCUCGCUUUGAAGAAUCCGGGAGCAAACUGCAGCAACGGCGGUUUGACAAUUGGAAACGCUCGACCAUCACAAAUGCAAUUGAUCUUGUGAGGCAAACCAGUCCAUUUCAAGAAGAAGAUAUAUCUCCUACCAAGAGAUCAGACUUCAUGGGAGGUGCGGUGGCAGACAUCCUUCGUAACUACAGUGUCUAG